UUGGCUAACAACAUCCAGGUAGCUAGCGAACUUGUAGAUUUGUUUAUUCUUAGUCUAAAUAACUGAGCAAUUGUGUUUUGGACUUUUCAACAUGAUCACAUUCGUUGUAACGAUAUCAGAACGUUGUUGUCACACGUGGAUAUUAACGUUACUACCGUUAGCUAAUGGCAGCUGUCCAGUUUAGCUAGCUAGCUAGCAAGACCAUUUUCGUUUCCAUAUAACGACGUUAUCUUUUUCCCAAUACACGACCGUGCAUAAGACUCAUAGUGAGAGAUGCCUCCUGCAAACAAACCAGCGAGAAAAGAUGACUCACCGCUUGAGUUGGCGUGUGAGUGGGGGUCUUGUCAAGAAUCAUUCGAUCAGAUGCAGGAGUUCUGCGGGCAUGUUGAGGGUCACUUCAAGGCGCUGGACAUCGAGGAAGAGGAGCACAGUUGUAUAUGGAAAGACUGUGGGUUCUGCUCUGUGGAAAGUGCUGAGGAGUUGAAGCGCCAUGUGUAUUUCCACUGUUACCACACCAAGCUGAAGCAGUGGGGCCAGGGGGUAUUCAAGGCCCAGCCCAGCCUCGGCACCUGCACCAUUGGCCUCCACAACCGCAACAUCGUGCCUGACAUAACAGACAACUUCAUCUGCCAGUGGGAACAAUGUGAGCAACCCUCUCUGGUCAACCCAGAGUGGUUCUACCGCCAUGUGGAGAUGCACAGCAUGUGUAUGGACGUACCCUCUGCUGAUAAGGAGACAUUGGUGUGCUGUGGCUGGAAGGACUGCGAGGCCAAGUUUAAAGGGCGUUUUAAGCUGCGGGAGCACCUGCGGAGCCACACUGGGGAGAAGGUGGUGGCCUGCCCAAUCUGUGGAGGGAUGUUCGCCAACAACACCAAGUUCUUUGACCACAUCAGACGGCAGACCACCAUCGAGGGUCAGAGGUUCCAGUGCUCCCACUGCUCUAAGCGCUUUGCAACGGAGAGACUACUGAGGGACCACAUGAGGAAUCAUGUGAACCACUACAAGUGUCCAUUGUGUGACAUGACCUGCCCGUCCCCCUCAUCGCUGCGGAACCACAUCAAGUUCCGCCAUAGCAAGGAGAAGCCUUACAGCUGUGAAUACUGCGAGUACAGCUGUAAAAACCUUAUCGACCUUCGUAAACACCUGGACACCCACAGCACUGAGCCGGCCUACCGCUGUGACCUCACUAACUGUGACUACACCACACGCUCACUGCACUCCAUCAAGAACCACUACAAGAAAGUACAUGAGGGAGAUUUUGUGGCUCGCUACAAGUGUCAUGUCUGUGAGCAGUGCUUCACUAGGGGAAACAACCUCACUGCCCACCUCCUCAAGAAGCACCAGUUCAAAUGGCCCUCCGGACACCCCCGAUUCAGGUAUAAGAAACACGAGGACGGCUUUAUGCGUCUGCAGCUUAUUCGCUAUGAGAGCGUGGAGCUGACUGAACAACUGAUGAGAGAGAGACCGGAGGGCCAGGAGGGGGAGGAGGGAGACGAUGCUUCCCAGACAGAUAGCCUGGGGCCUGGGGAGGACGAGGAGGAUGCCAGGGCGGUAGCACACUCCACAGACAUACAGGUGGAGAUGAGAGGGGUGCUGUUGGAGGAGGGUGGGGUGGGGGAUCAGGGGGAGGGGGUGUUCUAUGUUCUGACUAGUGGUGACCCGUCUCAGGCAGGGGAGGACACUGUGAUGCUACAGGACACUGCUCAGCAGCUGGGCAUGCAGGUCGUAUAA